GCAUCUGGAAGUUGUCGCCAUCAUAAGUAGCUAAAUGUUGCAGCUAGCUCUCAAGUCGUCAGCCGUUGUGUCCGAAGAAACACUAUCUGACACAGUUAACCGCCUUUUCUGUGUCUCAUAUCGAUGUUUUGUGAGCUGUUAUGAUGUCAGCAACCAGUAAACGCGAUUAGUUCUGUUGCAGUGUUGUGUCGUCUUCUCAAAACCAACAGCAGGAUCUAUUUUCAGAGCACACAUUAGCAGGCUGGAGUCUUGAGAGGCAGCAAAGGGGCGGUGGGCUGCUGAAACCGUUGCUGGUUAGCAACGAGCUUGCUUGGUAGCAAAAGAAAGUUAAGUCGUUAAUACACGUUUUCAGGAAACAAAAGCAAUCCGCUUUGAAGGUUGCUGCAAACUAAGUGGUGGUUUUCUGCUCUUAAGUUCGUAACUGACCAUAACCAAGGAUCUAGCAGCGCCAGGGCUAGCCGUCUCUCCGUUGAGGAACCUGAGAUUUAAAGCUAAUAGGACUUAACAUUCUGCCAAGGUUGGUCUGUAGCAGUGGGACUCUGAUAAACUGGAGCUGCAAUCGUCAAUUUUGUCGUUAUUUACAGCAGGCUAUUGGGCCUGACAGCGGAUAAGAUGUCUGAGGGAGAGAGCAGGCAGGCCCCGGAUCCUGCCCAGGAGACGAAGCCGGACUCGGGGGCAGCUCCGCCCGCAGGCCAAGCGGUGGCAUCCGUGUCGCCGCCGGUGUCCACGGUGACCCAGCCUCCCCCCACUGCUGCCACGGAGGACGAGGAAGAGGAGAGCGAGGAUGAGUCAGAGAUUUUGGAGGAAAGCCCGUGUGGACGCUGGCAGAAACGCAGGGAAGAGGUGAAUCAGCGUAAUGUGCCUGGGAUCGAUAAUGCUUACUUGGCCAUGGACACAGAGGAAGGGGUUGAGGUGGUGUGGAAUGAAGUCAUGUUCUCAGAAAGGAAGAACUUCAAACUGCAGGAGGAAAAGGUGAAAGCUGUGUUUGACAAUUUAAUCCAGCUGGAUCACUUGAACAUUGUGAAGUUUCACAAGUACUGGGCAGAUGUGAAGGAAAACAGAGCCAGGGUCAUUUUCAUCACUGAGUACAUGUCAUCCGGCAGUCUCAAGCAGUUCCUGAAAAAAACAAAGAAAAACCACAAAACCAUGAAUGAAAAGGCCUGGAAGCGCUGGUGUACGCAGAUACUGUCUGCCCUCAGUUACCUGCACUCCUGUGAACCUGCCAUCAUCCACGGCAACCUCACCUGCGACACCAUCUUCAUCCAGCACAACGGCCUCAUCAAGAUCGGCUCAGUUGCCCCCGACACCAUCAAUAACCAUGUGAAAACCUGCCGGGAGGAGCAGAAGUGCCUCCACUUCUUUGCUCCAGAAUAUGGAGCUGUUGCCAAUGUUACCACAGCGGUGGAUAUUUAUUCCUUCGGAAUGUGCGCCUUAGAGAUGGCUGUUUUGGAAAUCCAGAGUAAUGGAGAUUCGUCAUAUGUGUCCCAAGAAGCCAUAAACAGUGCCAUUCAGUCCCUAGAAGACCCGCUGCAGCGGGAAUUCAUCCAGAAGUGUCUGGAGGUCGACCCGAGCAAAAGACCCACAGCCAAAGAGCUGCUGUUCCACCCCGCCUUGUUUGAGGUGCCCUUACUCAAGCUGCUAGCCGCACACUGCAUCGUCAGCCACCAACAUAUGAUUCCAGAAAACGCUCUAGAGGAGAUGACGAAGAACAUGGACCCCAAUCUGGUCAUCGUUGAAGCCAAGAACGGAGUUCAGAUGAAGCUCUCCCAGUUUCCUGCAUUAGAACUGGACAAGUUUCUGGAAGAUGUGAGGAAUGGGAUUUAUCCGCUGACUGCUUUCGGGAUGCCCCGUCCACAGCAACCUCAGCAGGAAGCCGUUAAGUCGCCCAUCGUCCCACCGUCAGUCAAAUCCCCAACACCUGAACCUGCAGAGGUUGAGACCAGGAAGGUCCUCCAGAUGCAGUGUAACAUCGAGCCUGUCGAUGAGGGCACCAAGCAUCAUCUGACGUUGUUGUUGAAACUUGAGGAUAAACUAAACAGGCACUUGAGCUGUGAUUUAUUACCAAAUGAGAACGUUCAGGAGCUGGCCGUGGAGCUCGUCCAGCUGGGAUUCAUCAGCGAGGGUGAUCAGCCGCGGCUCGCGUGCGUUCUCGAAGAGGCCUUCUCCAAGUUCUACAGCCGGAACGAUUCUCUCAAUCCGGUGACCGUUUCAUCGUAGCCGAGGACUCGCCAGGCCUUCUCUGAGCCCUCCUCGUCCUCAGCAGCAGGACUAGCUUUUGCUUCACGUUGACAUCGCUGUAAAGCUUUAGUGAGAACUGAGAGGGCAGCCUUGGUCUGACUGCAGAUCCUGCAGCGUCUUCUUGUAUCUUCUAGCGGGAAAAGCUGCCACUAAGUGGUUGUUGGUCUCUCUUUAUUUUUAUUUUUAAUUUCUCCCACCACAUACAGCCAUCUUCUUCUCUUUUGAAAGAGGAAAUUGUAAUUGAAGCCUAAUGGAAAGUACAAAUGCUUUAUUUCUUUCAGUGGUAAGGAAAUGGUAGAAGAAAGCUAAAUAAAAUGGAUAACAGCAGUAUUUUCCUUAAGUCAGUGUUGAAGUUGCAUUUAAAAAAAAUUUUUUUUUUCUUAAAUCAUUUAAUGGAGUUGUGUGUCUGUCUGCUGUUCCGACAAACUGAAGCGUGUGUUUAUAGUGUUGUGAGCUUAAAGUCUGGUCGUUUAAACUUUUGAGGUGCCUGCUGACCUCGGAUCAGUUUCAGGUGGAAAACUAGGGAAGAAACAUAAGCAGUUUCAGUUUUGCUUUUGAGUUCCUCUAUCACACAUGUAGUCAUAAACCCUUCAGCUGCAACACAAUCAGAUGAGCAGGUUAAGAUAUAUAUAAAAAUCUAUUUAUUUGUGUAUCUCUCUUUGAUCUAUUUCACUUCCAGCACAGAGGCCGGGAUCUGAUUCUAUGCUUUUAUUCCCUGUUUUUCUUUAAAUCAAGGUGUUAGUUUCUAUGAAAAAUUACUGAGUGCAAACAUCGCAGCACUCAACAACCAGUUCUCUUUAGGUCUAAUUGUUCACUUAGUAAGUUGGUGUGAUUAAUUUUCAAGUUCUGGAUUUUCACCUUUGAAUACACAUUUGCUUCAUGUCCAAAAGGAAAAGCAAUGCAUGGAAUCCGUUUUCGCUCAUCAGGAAGUAGAUUUUUGUUGCUCUUCCGUUACUGACUCAAUCCACUUCUUUCGGAUAAGUGGAAAUUUUGUUUUGCUCUUUUUCUUUUCGUAAACUUGUCCAGCCGUGGGCUCUGGCUUGCACGCGACGCUUGGAGGAACAUAAAGAUGUCGGUGAGCCUGAGCCGUGUCCUCCGCGCUGUGACUACCUCCUGACGGUCUGUAGAUACGAGUGUGGGACUGCCUGGCAUGCCUGUAACCAUCAUGUGCUCUGUAUGCUGGACACUGUGCUGUUUCCACAAUGCUUUUACCCUCUUUUUCACUUCCUCAACUAAAAUGGUAAUAAAAAAAAUCACAUUA